AUGCCAAAGAAGGCUAUCGACGCGCGGAUACCCGCCCUCAUACGCAAUGGCAUGCAAGAAAAGAAGCGAUCUUUCUUCCUCGUCGUCGGCGAUCGCCAAAAAGACGUCAUCGUCAAUCUCUACCAUAUCCUGCUGAACCUCGACAUCAAACUCAACAAGUCAGUUCUGUGGGCGUACAAGAACAAGCUACUGGGCUUCACAUCACAUCGCAAGAAGCGGGAAAAGAAGAUCAAGAAAGACAUUAAGCGAGGCACAAGAGAUGCAGACGUAGACGAUCCAUUCGAGCUGUUUGUGAGCACACAGAAUAUACGGUAUGUGUACUACAAAGAGACGGACAAGAUUCUGGGAAACACAUAUGGCAUGUGUAUUCUGCAGGACUUCGAAGCGAUCACGCCGAACUUGUUGGCGAGAACGAUGGAGACCGUGGAAGGAGGUGGGCUGGUGCUGCUCCUGUUGAAGGAUGUCAAGAGCUUGAAGCAGCUGUAUACAAUGAGCAUGGAUAUUCACUCGCGAUAUCGGACAGAAGCGCAUGGAGAUGUAGUGGCGCGAUUCAACGAGCGAUUCAUACUAAGUCUGGGAAGCUGCGAAUCAUGUCUGGUGAUCGACGACGAGAUGAAUGUUUUGCCGAUCUCUGGUGGGAAGAAUGUUGUCGAGAAGCAGCCUUCAGAAGAGGAUACAGAAAAGGCGAAGUCAAGGCGAGAGCUAGAGCAGAUCAAGGAGGACUUGGCGGACACAGCUCUCGUAGGCGACCUUGUGAAGUUGGCGCGAACAGCGGAUCAAGCCAAAGCACUUCUCACCUUUGUGGAAGCGAUUAAAGAGAAGACUCUGGCGAGUACGGUCACGUUGACAGCAGGACGUGGACGAGGAAAGUCGGCGGCGCUUGGUGUAGCAAUUGCGGCGGCAAUCGCCCACGGCUACAGCAACAUCUUCCUCACAUCACCGUCUCCGGAGAACUUGAAGACACUCUUCGAAUUUGUCUUCAAGGGCUUCGAUGCUCUCGGAUACCUCGACCACCAAGAUUACACCAUCAUACAAUCCACCAACCCUGACUUCAACAAAGCCAUCGUCCGGGUGAACGUUCAUAAGCAACAUCGUCAGACGAUCCAAUACAUUCAGCCCCAAGAUGCAUACACUCUUGGGCAGGCCGAGCUGCUCGUCAUUGACGAGGCUGCUGCGAUACCAUUGCCUCUUGUGCGAAAGCUCAUGGGCCCCUACCUGGUAUUCAUGGCAUCGACAAUCAACGGAUACGAAGGAACAGGAAGAUCACUUUCACUGAAGCUCAUCCAACAACUGCGGGAGCAGUCGAGAGGUGCGGCGAAAAUCAACGGCGACGAGAAGGUGACCAAACGGGCCAACGGAGCAGAUGAUACAGACUACACUCCGAGAUCGUCGAGAUCACUGCGAGAGAUUACAUUAUCAGAGCCCAUCCGUUACGCGCAGGGAGAUGGCGUGGAGAAAUGGCUGAAUCGAUUGCUCUGUCUAGAUGCGACCCUUCCGAAGCGAUCAAAUAUCCACGGCACACCGCACCCGUCGCAGUGUCAGCUUUUGCAGGUCAACCGCGACACACUGUUCUCAUUCCACCCAGUCAGCGAAAAGUUCUUGCAGCGAAUGAUGGCGCUAUAUGUUGCCUCACAUUACAAGAACACACCGAACGACCUGCAAUUGAUGUCAGAUGCACCUGCGCACCAGCUCUUCGUGCUGGUUCCACCAGUAUCAAAUGAUACGAAGGAGCUGCCAGAAAUUCUCUGCGUUCUGCAGGUCUGUUUCGAGGGGCAGAUCAGCAGGGAGAGCGUCCUGAACAGCUUAUCAAGAGGACAGAGAGCCGGCGGCGACUUGAUACCUUGGCUCGUCAGUCAGCAGUUUCAAGAUUCAGACUUUGCUGGGCUGAGCGGAGCCAGAGUUGUGCGGAUUGCGACCAAUCCUGACUACGGCAGUAUGGGAUACGGUUCGCGUGCACUUCAGCUUCUGAACGAGUUCUACGAAGGCAAACACAUCAAUCUCUCAGAGUCUGAAGACGUUACCUCAGCGCACGAGCAGGAGAUGGUCCGUGUCACUGAUGCCGAGCUCGAGCAGAGUACCCUCAUGACCGACGACAUCAAGGUUCGCGACAUCCGAUCCAUGCCACCUCUUUUCGCCAGAUUAUCCGAGCGUAGACCCGCAGCUUUGGACUACAUUGGUGUAUCAUACGGCCUGACGCAGCCUCUGCACAAAUUCUGGCAACGAGCUGGCUUCGUGCCAGUAUACUUGCGACAAACAGCAAAUGAGCUUACCGGUGAGCACACCUGCGUGAUGUUGCGCACGCUACAAACAGGAUCAAGCGACCCAAGCUGGCUUGGAGCAUAUGCAAAAGACUUUCACAGGCGUUUUUUGAACUUGCUCUCCUAUCAAUUCCGAUCAUUCGGGGCUGUUCAAGCACUGUCAAUAGAUGAGUCUGCGAACAAGGGCAUCAGUCUUCUGGACGAGUCGGACAAGACGAGGGCUCUGGAUAAAGCAACCCUGGACGAUUCCUUCACACCUUUUGAUUUGAAGCGUCUGGACUCGUAUGCAAACAACAUGCUGGACUACCAUGUGAUACUCGAUCUUAUGCCUAGCAUUGCCCAGCUCUUCUUCACUGGGCGAACCAGAGACUCUAACGGGAUUAAUCUAUCGGGCAUCCAGAAAGCACUGCUCUGCGCUAUCGGACUCCAGCGAAAGGUGCUCGAGGAUCUGGAAAAGGAGCUUGGUCUGGGUACCAGUCAGCUCUUGGCAAUGUUCGUCAAGGUGAUUCGAAAAGUCAGCACACACUUCCGACAGCUACAAGAGGGUGCUAUCUCGGCGUCAAUGCCGCAAGCUCAGAAUGGCGCUGCGCCUGAUGACGACAAUGUUGAAGCAGAGAUAGACGCGGAGGCUGUGCGCAAGAACCUCGCAGACGACCUCGCAGAGGGAGAGACAGAAUUCCGGGCGACUGAGAAGGAACGUGAAGAACGAGAGAGAAAGCGAGAGUAUAUCAAUUCUUUGCCUCUGGGCAAUUACGAGAUUCAAAACGGCGAUGCGGGCUGGGAAGAUGCGGAAAAGCAGGUACGAGAGGCGGGAAAGAAGGGGAAGAAGAGCAGAGAUAGCAUGACUGUCAGCGUGAAGAAUUUGAAGGGCGGAGAGGAGAAGAAGCGGAAAGCGGGUGAGGCACUGGCUGAGGCGCAGAAAGAGGCUGAAAAGUUUGGUGGGAAGAAGGCCAAGAAGACUAAGAGAUAG